AAAUAAAUAAAGGAACAGGACGUUAGCAUGACCUUUGUGUAGUAUCGACGUUUUCCGGUCGCAAUGCGUUAUGGGAAAUGGUGUCCCAGUUUGUAAUAUCCAAUAUUGCGAUAAUAGGAUAGCUAAAGGAAGAUGGCAGCGUGUGCAAUACGUCGGGGCUUAUUGUCCACUGCUAGUAAAUAUAACCAGCACAAGUGCACUCACAGAAUACUGAGUGCCAUAGACUUCAGCAGCGGAUUAGAUCCGAAAAGAGCCCAGCCGUUGUGUUCAGCAUGCAGGUUUUCCAGUUUUCAGCAGACGAGGUUCAUGUCAUCACGAAACAGACCGGAGGGGAAAAUACUAGAGCCUGUUGGAGUAUUUGAAGCUCUGAAGCAGCACGGCAAAUAUGAAACCGGGCAGCUAUUCCUGCACAGUGUGUUUGGUUAUAGAGGCAUUGUGUUAUUCCCCUGGCACGCUCGUCUGUAUGAUCGAGACGUGAGUCCUGCUGCUGCUACUGACAGCAAGCCAGACUCCACAGGCCAUGGCUCAAAGGAAGUGAAGGGCAAGAUGCAUACAUACUACCAGGUCCUCAUAGACACCAGAGACUGCCCUCACAUAUCUCAGCGAUCUCAGACUGAAGCAGUUACGUUCCUGGCAAAUCAUGAUGAUAGCAGGGCCCUGUAUGCAAUUCCAGGUCUGGAUUAUGUGAGUCAUGAAGACAUCCUGCCUUAUAACUCCACUGAGCAAGUUCCUAUCCAGCAUGAGCUGUUUGAACGCUUCCUCAUGUUUAACCCCUCCAGAACUCCUCCGUUCAUUGCAAGAGAUACCCUACGGGCCUGGCAGGAGAAGAACCAUCCCUGGCUGGAGCUCUCAGAUGUGCACCGUGAAACCACAGAGAACAUCCGUGUCACUGUCAUCCCCUUCUACAUGGGCAUGAGAGAGGCUCAAAACUCCCACGUGUACUGGUGGCGGUACUGCAUCCGUCUGGAGAACCUGGGCAAUGAGGUGGUUCAACUCAGGGAAAGACACUGGAGGAUCUUCAGUCUCUCAGGGACUCUGGAAACAGUCCGUGGCAGAGGAGUGGUUGGCAAGGAGCCUGUUUUGUCAAGAGAACAGCCGGCAUUUCAGUACAGCAGUCAUGUUUCACUUCAGGCACCCAGUGGACACAUGUGGGGGACAUUCUGUUUUGAGAGGACAGAUGGCUCACACUUUGACGUGCGCAUUCCACCUUUUUCACUAGAGAGCAAUAAGUAUGACAAAGCUCCCCCUACUGGCUAUCCCUUGUAAUAAACCUGCACCUAUAAGCCUACCAUCACGGCUCAGUUCAGCAUCCCUACAGGCUGUUCACUUGGAGAUCCAUGUUUUACCUUCCUUGUCAGUGCUCCUUGAAUAUACAGUGGUUUUAGCAAAGCAUCUUUCAGUCUCUGACUGCAGCGCUGAAUAUUUGUAGCAACUGCAUAUCUUUAAAGGCGAAAAGGAAUAGUAAGUUAAAACGAGGCGUUAUUAAAUGUGAAGCAAGUGUGUGAUGGGGAUGUGAUUCUUUCAAACUCUUGCACCUCGAAAGGCCGUAUUAAGAAGAUUUGUAUGUGAUUUGGUUUUUUUUCUUCUAUUUAUUUGGAGGGCUGUGUUCAUCAAUUGAAUAAGCUUAUUAGUGUAAAUCAAGCAUUUUGUCAAUUUAUCUUUAAGUUUAAACCCCUCUUAUCAUAAAUUCCUUACUUAUAUUCUAGAGAAGACAGUCGGUGGACAUUCUCCAAAUGCAAAUAGUCUAAUUAAUGGCUUGCUGCAAAGAUUAUUCUAAGGCCAUGUCAAAGUCAGCCGGUGAAAUGUGGUUUGGCUAAGAAAGCCUAGCGGGAUAAAACUGUAUUAGAGAUCAUCAUCUUGUAAACAACCUUUGAUCGUAUAUUUGGAUUAAACUACUGGAUGAUGAACUGUUUUACUGUUUACUGUAAAUAUGUUUGUAAAAGCAUAAAUAAAAUAUUUCCAA